CACUUCCCACUGGGAGAUAUUUUUUCCGGAAGAUCCUCAGGUUCCUGGCUUGAGAAAUAAGAAUACUGCUGGAGACCUCGCCGUUUGAGAGAGAAACCAAGUCUCAGAAGGUCAUGCCUUUCAUCAACACCUGGGUCCCUCCUGCUCAGAGAGAGGCAGCCUCUGUCUCCCGGCCUAGGAGGAGCAGCAUCGUGGAGGGUGGAUCCUUUUGUACCUGUUGCCCUUGAUGUGAGAGGCUAUGUCUUGUUCCUUCAGAUUGCUGUAGACAGAAUUCCACAGUGCACCCAGGUGACAAUGUUCACGUUCUGGAGCUGGACUCAGCACCUUCCCUGCCUCUGAGCCCUGCCUCCUCCUGCGGGACAGAGUUCCUUAGAACUCUGUCAUUUUGCAUUUUGCUCUGGAGGGAAAGAAGCAGACGAUGAGGAGAAAAUAAUGAAUGUCAAAGGAAAAGUAAUUCUGUUAAUGCUGGUUGCUUCAACUGCAAUUGUUGUGUUUUUGGAAUACAUCAACAGCCCAGAAGGCUCUUUCUUGUGGAUAUACCCCUCAAAGGAUCCUUGGAUAAGCCGAGUGUUGGGGGCUGCUCAAGGGAUGGGAGCCCGAGGGACCUUCAAGUCUGUCUUCUCCCGUUUGGCAAGAAGAAACCCAGAAGUUGGUAACAACAGCAGUCAGAGGGGCUGGUGGUUUCCAAGCUGGUUUGAGGAUGGGACCCACAAUUAUCAAGAGGAAGAAGUCAACAUAGAAGGGACAAAAGAAGAGCUUAAGCUAUCAGACUGGUUUGAUCCAACGAAACGGCCGGAGGUUGUGACGGUGACUGGAUGGCAGGCGCCAGUUGUAUGGGAAGACACCUACAACACAGCCGUCCUAGAAAGUUACUACGACAAACAUAAAAUCACUGUGGGGUUGACGGUCUUUGCUACUGGAAGGUACAUUGAUCAUUACUUGGAGGAGUUCAUAACGUCUGCUAACAAGUACUUCAUGGCUGGUCACAAAGUCAUAUUUUACAUAAUGGUGGAUGAUGUCUCCAGGAUACCUUUGAUAGAGCUGGGACCUCGGCGUUCCUUCAAAGUGUUUGAGAUCAAGUCUGAGAAGAGGUGGCAGGACAUCAGUAUGAUGCGCAUGAAGAUCAUUGGGGAGCACAUUUUGACUCACAUCCAGCAUGAGGUCGACUUCCUCUUCUGCAUGGAUGUGGAUCAGGUCUUCCAAGACAAUUUUGGUUUGGAGACUCUGGGCCCGCUGGUGGCUCAGCUACAGGCCUGGUGGUACAAGGCAGAUCCCAGGGAGUUUACCUAUGAGAGGCGGGAAGAGUCAGCAGCAUACAUUCCAUUUGGACAGGGGGAUUUUUAUUAUCACGCAGCCAUUUUUGGAGGAACACCAAGUCAUGUUCUCAACCUUACCCAGGAAUGCUUUAAAGGAAUCCUCCAGGACAAGAAAAAUAACAUAGAAGCUAAGUGGCAUGAUGAAAGCCAUCUGAACAAGUAUUUCCUUCUCAACAAACCCACUAAAAUCUUAUCACCAGAAUACUGCUGGGAUUAUCACAUAGGCCUGCCUGCAGAGAUCAGAAAUGUCAAACUAUCGUGGCAGACAAAAGAGUAUAAUUUGGUUAGGAAUAAUGUCUGACUUCAAAAUUGUGCCACUAGGUUUUCUGAACUUGCAAGAGUAUUAUUCUGGCUGAUUCGUCAGAAAAGUCAUUUUAAUGUUGAAAAAAUACUAACAAAUCACCAACAUGGCAGAUGGGUAUUAUUCCUCCUUGUAACUUUGAUCCUUGAAAUACAGAAGAAUGAAUCUAUGGUAAUCAGAUAUAAGUUCCCAGCAUGUUCUUAUGUAUUCUGGGUUUGGGGGAAAUACUAUUAACUGAACCAAAAAGAAUUUGCCAUAGGCAAAGAAAAAGCCAGAACAUUCUGCCUGUCAGAUAAGGUAUUGGAUAACAGGGUGCUAAGGGAAAUCUUGUUUGGCAACAAGAUACUGCAGUAAGGGGUAUUGUCCCCUUGAUUUCAGUGUCUUUCUGGUUUUGAAGGGUCUAAAGCCAUUGCUAAAGGGCAGGAAAGCUCUACCAGCAGGAAGCCUUCUACUUUGGAAAUCCUCAAAAGCCUUCAAGCUGAUUGCCUCAGGCUAUUUGUAGUCUGUUGCCUCUUCUCAUCUGGAUAUUGUUUGGCUUCUGUGGAAAAGAUUGGUGGAGAUGCCCAGACCCAGGGAGCCUGAGCAGGCCAGAAGAUGCUCAGCUCGAAAUGAAAACAAGCGCUCCGAUGAAAUAGCAAAGUGAGUGGAAAGAGGGGCUAACCACUGUAGGGCUGUGCCUCUCUGGGGGACACGGACAUGAGAUUGGUGUUUAAAUUACACUGUGGUUGCAGGCGCUGAAUGGGAGACAGUGUGGGAGUCUCCAGCCCCCUCAACCCCAUGGCUACCAGCAGGAAGUGGAUGGAUGGAGCCUCUCGUUUUGCCCACCUCAUGUUUAGCCCAGCAGAUAUGUGUCUUCAGCACCUUCUCGAGAAGUGGAUGGUGUCAGAGAAGGGGAAGGCCCAGAGGGCCCUGAGCAGGCCUGCCAAGAUGGACCUGGACUUCUCGUUAGCUGGUCCCACACACUGUUCUAAACUGCAAGGUCCCUCAGCCCAUUGUGUCCCAUCCUGGAGGGCUGACAUCAAGGAGUGGACUGGAGAAAAAGCCCUCCUGGCAAGUGACCUCCGGUUUUCCCCUGCUCCAUCUGCACUACGGAAGAGUAACAACCAGAUGUGUUUGAAAAAGUGGCUGAUGAAUUUUAUAACAGACAUGAGGGGAUAGCAACAGGAAACCCACUCAUCAUGACUGAAUAGCUGAAUACUCAGUUCCCUUCCCUAAGAGAAGCGGUGACAUCCUGCGGAUUAGAAAUUAAAUCAACAUAAAGCAAGUUAGGAGGCAAUAGUUACAUAUGCACAUAUAUUUAUAUUUUGCUUGUGUUCCAGUUUAGGUCAUUUAUUGCCAUUUUUAAGCACUUUAUUUAAAGAGCCACUGACCUGGUUUGAUGUGCCGUGCAAAGGGCUUCUUGGAUAAAAUGAAACCUACAUAUUCUCCACCAUCUCACUGUACCUUCUAUUCUUCAGCUGGAGGUCCCCACCACCACCCAAAAGAGCCCCACAUAUCCAACAAAAAACAAAAAUUCUGACAUCAGCUAGGAUUCAUGCUUUCCUAUUAUUCGAGUUGUGUUGGACCCAGGCUAGAGUAGGCAUAGUUUAAAAGUUGAAGUCCUGAACCAAAAAAAUGACCUAUCCUGAAAGUUUGAAGAAAGGGGCUAAACUAAUUUUGAAGGAGUUUCUUGAUUUUUAAAAAAUUCAUUUAAAUUUAAAUCCUCAAUGGACAAAUUCAAGAUUUUGUUAAUAGCUUUUAAAUAAAAUUUCUGAUUUAUAAUUAAACAAAUUAUUUUCUCAGUA